AUUUAAUGAAACGUUACUUUCAACAAAAUAAAAUAAGCAUUUUUUAUAUUUACAGCUCUCAUUCGCAAUUAUUUUUUCCUUCCAAAAAAUCCAUUAAGUGUCAAAAUAUUCGCAAUGGAACGAAAUUAGCAAUUUUAAUUAUUUUCUUUACACAAUCUUGAAAAUUCUAAAACUCAAUUACAAUAAUGAAACUUCCUUAAUAGAGCUGUUGCGAAAAACUCGUUAAAAAGCAUAUUUCACCAUUAAUAUCAAAUAAAGCCGCUAUAAUCGAUUACAACGCCCUCUAGUCACGAAAUCCACGUUUGAAGAAAAUGAAACUGUUCAACACUCAAAGCAAAAUAGAAAAACACAACAUUUUGGUGAAUAAUAUUUUGAGUUAACUUUUCAACCAGUUUAAACUUUUCUACUUCUCCAAGUCUUGCAUCACUGCUUCCGGCAGAAUCGUGAUCACCAAUCACGACCUGAGGCGGUAAUUGGUGGCCAAUAAUAACGCGUCUGGGCGGAGAGAUGUUCCGAAUCAGGAUAUAAGAUUGUCCGGAAGCGGUAAAACGGGAUGAAAGUUGAGAAAAGGAUGCGCAAGAUCAAGUGAAAGAAAAUUGUCUUAUCCAGAUCAAAUUUUGGCUUAUUUUUCUAUUUUAUUCUUUGGCAUUACUUAUUUAGAAAUACAAGAUAUUCCAUUUCUAUGAUUCAACAUGUUCGGAUCAAACGGGCCAUGCUCCCCAACAGACUACAUGUCCCAAUACUCGAACAUUCUGGAACCCAUCUACUACCCAACUUCGUCAGAAGUCUUUCCUCAAAACCAACUAUUCUCAUUCGACUCCGAUCCUGACUGUCACAGCUCUGCACCACCCACACCUGAUGUUAUUUCAGGUCUCAUUAGCUUGACGAGUGGUCCUAGUCCAUCAGAGAUGUCAUGUGGAUCUUUUGGGGACAUUACAUCCCCUGAAGACUACAAUUCGGCAUCGUCACCACCAUAUCCAUCUGUGGACAUCUCUGCUGUGAAAGCCACAAGAACUAAACUCAUCAAAGAAGGACUUAAGUUGACUAUCCAAAGUAGAAGAAUGGUCCAUGGCUUGGACAAUGUUAGACCCGAAUAUCGGCACCCCCCUAAAGAAGAGCUUACGAAAGAAGAUGAAGACCGAAGACGCCGACGUAGAGAAAGGAACAAAGUAGCUGCCACCAAAUGCAGAAAUAAGAAAAAAGAAAGAACAGGUCGUCUAGCUGAGGAAUCUGAAUCUCUGGAAGUUAAUAAUAACGCCUUGAAAAAUGAAAUCCAUUCUUUAGAAGUAGAAAAGCAGGAGCUCAUGGGUCUUCUCCAAAAUCAUCUUCCACAUUGUGCCAAGCAACGUCCACCACCGACUGCAAGGAGUUACUGCUCUCUUCCCAAUCAGGUGGUCCACAACCAGAUGCCAUCCUGGUCAUCAGUAUCUGGCUGACUGACAUCAUUUAAAUAUUAGUUGCUAAAAUUAAUGUCCUGUGAAUGUCUGCUAAAAACAAAUGGGUUGUGGUAUAUUUGUUUUUUUGGAUGCAGACACCGGCUCAGGGCUAAUAUUGAUGCGAUUGACAACCGCCUCUCUGUAGCUGAAAGCCUGCAGCUGGUUUGAUUUUGGAUGACAUACCUAUGAAGGGUAGCUCAAACAUGCAGCUGGUUUGAUUUUGGAUGCCAUUCCUAUGAAGGUUAUCUGAAAACCUACAGUCGGCUUGAUUUUGGAUGACACGCCUAUGAAGGUGUUUCUUCAAAAUUUUCAGAAGAUCGUCUGCAAAAGAUGAGCCAACGUGCAAUGGAUGACUCCGAGAUUGAAUGGGAUGAUACUUGAGGAAAUGUAUUUACAGAGUACAAGAGUUGGGAUUAAUAAUUGUUUGUAAUGAUUCGUUUCAAAGUUAGCUGUAAUUUUGAUUUUUUUGUGAUUGAGGUACUGAUUGACUUAAAAUUAUGAAUAAGGAUAGAUUAUAAUAAAAAUAGAUAAAGCAAGGUAAUUUUUAUGUUCCAGUUGGAAAAUACAUUGUCAGAUUCGAAUUAAAGAAAUCACUUAGAAUUGCCCAUUUCAUGAGCACAAUAUAGAUUUUAAUAUCAAGAAGCUUGUUCGUUUAAAUUUAGUUUAUGAAUCGAAAACGUACAAUUCAGCUGACAGUAUGACACCACUAAUUCUAUUUUACAUAAGAUUAAUUUUUUAAUAAACAAAAUUAAGUAACCUAAAUGAAUUAACAAUUCCAAUAACUCACAAGACAUUAAGUAAAAUUCGCAUUACUUCAGUUCAAAUUUAUUUAACUUUUUUAUUUAUUUAACUUUCCCAUUUACAUUAACCAAGCUAAAAUGCUUAAAAUAAAAUGUCCAGAAUAUAUAAAUCUCCAAUUUCCUGAUAUAUAAAUCGUGAAUCUUGAAUCUAAAAUAUAACUGUUGUAAUCUGAAAUAUAAUUUAAAAUUUCGUGGUCUCUUUAUCAACUGCUAUUUAGACGAAGAUUCUAUUGGAAUAUAAGCUAUUGAAAUAUCCAAAAAAUUCUACAAAAUAAUUUUAGAAGUAAACUAAGCAAAUUUUAACUUUAUUUGGAGAAGUCUCCUUAAAAAUGUCAAAUCAGUUAAAUACUGAUUAUAGUUUUUUACUAUUUUGAGCGUUUAAACUUUCUAUUUAAACUGUAGUUUUUAUUUUGCACUAUAAAAGCAUUAAGUUAAGUCAAUUGCAACUUUUCUAGGAGUGAAAUUUUUUUUAUAAAAUCGACAAAAGAUAAGUAAUAGCAAAACUUGCUACUUUUAAUCACUUGUCAGCACUUUGAUCUCUCUAUCAAAACGAUACUUUCUACUUUGCACUGUAGAAGUAACGUAUUCAAUAAUCUCUACAAACUAAUCUCUUAUUACAUCUUAUCUAAAUUCGAUUUAACUCUCAGCUAAUAAGCGAGUGAGUAAAUCUCGUAACGAAAUUUGUAUUAAAUGAAAUCUGUCAGUUAUUCUGAAGCUAAUGAA